GUAAAAGGAGUUGUACUUGAACAGAAGAAGAAGAAGAUUGACCUGAAAAGUGAAAAAUGGCGAAAGAGAUUGAAAGUUUGUCAGAAGAUGAAAGACGCGCUCUUCGUGGAAGCAAAUUCGCUCCUCUUCCACCUCGCGCUCCAUCCCGCACCCAACCCAGGUUGGCUCACCCUGGUGGACCAUUGGCGACGAAUAAAGCAGCGGCUUUGGCCAAGUUUCUUGAGCGGAAGCUGAAGGAACCCAAUGGGAUGGAUCAUAUUAACCCUGAUCUUCUUGAACUUGCUGUCAAUAAUGCCAAACAGACUGUUUAUGCUAGUAGUGCUUCUACUUCAAAAAGAACUGUUCGUCACGUAGAAUUCUUUGGUGACUCUGAUUCUAAGGAUUCUGCUGAAGAACAAAAUGAACUAUCGGAGGUAAAGAAACUCACAAAUAAGAAGAAAAACAAGAAACAAAAGAAGAAAAACAAAAAGCGAAAGGAUGUUGAGGACCUUGGAUGUGCUGUGGUGAAAAAGCCUAAACAGAAGUUUAAAUCCUGAAUUUUUUGUGCACACUUGAAGAUUUUUUGAAUUGAGGCCAAAGAAAUUUACCAUGGUUUCUUUCCUUAUCCAAAUCUCGCUGAUGCAAUUGAUGUUUUGGACUAGGGAUAACAUGGAGUCACUGAUGCAAAUCUUGGUGCAUUUGAUGCAAUUGAUGUUUUGGACUAGGGGUCGCAUGGAGUCACUGAUGCAAAUCUUGGUGCAUUUGAUUCAAUUGAUGUUUAGGACUAGGAUAGCAGAGGGUUAUGAACUUGUUUUUAACUUUUUCAUUUAGUUUCUUUCAAGGAGUGUGUGUGAUAGAAUAUCGUUGAAACAACUCUAAUUUCCAAAUUACUUAAAGGAUUACAAAGAUGUUGGUAGAAUGAUUUCAUUGAAAUUACUACUUAUUCAAAUUGUAAAAUAUGAAUUUGAGAAA